AUGUCUGCCUUUCCACAAGUUGAGGGUUAUCAAAUAAUUAAAAAUAUUGGAAAAGGAAGCACUUCGACUGUGUAUCUAGCUCACGUAAAGGAGAAAAUCAAAAAUAUGGUUGCAAUAAAAGUUAUAGAACGCAGUAAAUUGUCUAAGAGUGCUGAGGACGCUGUAGUAACUGAAAUAGGGGUGAUGAAGAAAUUUAAACAUAAACACAUUGUUCAAAUGAUUGACUUUAUAUGGGAUCGUAAAAAUAUUUACAUAAUAUUGGAGCAUUGUGAUGGUGGUGAUUUGUCCACAUUUAUUCGACAACGCAAAAAACUAUCUGAAAAAAUAUGCCGUAAAUUCAUGCAACAAUUAGCCUUGGCUUUGCAGUUCCUAAGAUCUCAUGAUGUUUGUCAUCUUGAUCUCAAACCACAAAAUCUACUCCUAAUGAGGUCACCACAACUAACUCUGAAGGUUGGAGAUUUUGGCUUGGCAAAUUUUAUGAGUGAAAAAACUCAAAUGGAAAAUAUUCGUGGUUCACCUUUAUAUAUGGCUCCUGAAAUGUUACUACUCAACCGAUAUGAUGUUAAAGCGGAUCUAUGGUCAGUUGGAGUGAUUGCUUAUGAAUGUAUAUAUGGACAUGCUCCGUACGCUUCAGAUUCUAUAAAAGACUUAUGUGAAAAGGUUAAAAGAGUACCAAUAGAAAUACCACCUAAUCAAGUCAGUCCAGAGUGUAGAGAUUUGUUAUUAGGUCUACUCAAACACAAUCCAUCUGAGCGUAUGAGUUAUCACCAGUUUUUUAAACAUCCAUUUGUAGACUUAGAUCAUAUGCCUUCUACGGAAUCAUAUGCUAAAGGACUUGAAGCUAUUCACCAGGCAGUAAAACUAGAUUCUGAAAAGCAAUAUAAAGCUGCAUUUAGUAAAUAUUGCACGGGUCUGCAGUAUUUGAUUCCUUGUUGUAAAAACGAACCUGAUAAAAUAAAAAAAGAAGCAUUUCAAAUCAAACUGAAUGAGUACACUAAGCGUGCUGAAGAAUUGAAAGCCACGUUAUAUGUUUCAAAGAUCAAAAUUAGUAGUGAAGUAAAAGCUGAAAACUCUUCAAUAUCAUAUGAUGAGGACAAUUAUCCGACAUUAACAUCGUUAUGUCAAAACACACCUCAAUUAGCUAAUGCUGUAGAAAUUGCACUAUCUGGUCAAAUGUAUCUAGUUGAAGGACAAUAUGAAGCAGCUGUCGAGAAGUAUAAAAUUGGUUUGAAUUUGUUGGAAAAGCUUUUGGAAAAAGAACCUCCGGGCAUCCGUUAUAAUUUACUUAUCAAACAGGUAAGUGAUUGGACAAGUCAGUGUGAAAGUGCUAGGUCAUUAUUACAAUCCAAGGAAGACAAAGUCAAUGAUCAACCCGUUGAUGUUCCAGAUGGAUUUUCACCAAUAUCCAGAGGUAAAAUAGAUAAGAAGUCUCCAAAAUUGUUCCGUGUAGUUAGCAGACUAGUUCUGAGAACAAAUAUUAAAAAUAGCUCAUCUCCUGAAAAAAAAUAG